CCCCCCCGCGCCGUUUCUCUUUCCCCUGCUUCCCUCUGCUCCACACCACCCCUAUUCUUGAGCGGCUGCAGCCCCAGCAUGGAGUCGGGUUCCGACUUGCCCGCGGGCGGGCGUCCGCCCCAGGAGUUGGUCGUUCGUCCGGAUCAGGCCGAUCCUGCCUCUGCAUCACGGCCAGCCGGCCCCCGACAGAUUGAGCAGGAUGAUGUGGCCCAAUUUUGGGAGCAGCAAUACGAGUGGAUUAUGAAAAUGUCUCCCACCGAGUUGCGGACCCACGAGCUCCCAUUGGCCCGGACCAAGAAGAUCCUCCGCAACACGACCGACAUCAUGAACUGUGGUCCAACUGCACCAGGUGGGGGAACAGCAGCGGCAGCGGCAGCAGCGGCGGCGGCAGCGGCGGCGGCGGCCGCUGCAGCGGCGGCCGCCGCCGCCGAGGCAGCCGCCGGCAAUGGCACUGCUCCCGCUCCCCAGGGCGAGGCGCACCUCCAUCCCCAUGCCGGCUAUGCGUCUCAUGGUUCGGAAGCCGCCGGGGGACAGAACCCGAUGUCGGCGGCCACGGUGGCCGCGGUGGCGGCGGCCGCGGCGGCGGCGGUGGCCGCGGUCACCGGCGGCGAUCCUGCCGGCACGGCGGACAAGCAGGAUGACGGGUUUGAAUCCGGCGAUCUCUUGUCCACCGGGGCCGCUCCUCUGUCGAUGAUGCUGAGCAGCGAGCUACCGCGGGUGAUCUCGCGAGUGUGCGAGCUUUUCGUCCUGGACAUCACCCGACGUGCGUGGGUCAUCGCACAGGAGAGUGAUCGGGCACGCGAGCCCCCGGCCCCGGCGCCCGUGGCCCCGGGGUCCGAGACAUCGGAUCAACCUCCUCCGCGCCGGCGCGGGCGCCCGCGCGGGACCAGCUCCGCACAAAAGUGCACAAAGCGUCACCGAAUCCUUCAGAAGGAUCACGUCGUGCGGGCCAUUACCAGCUGCGAUGUCUUUGAUUUCCUGGUCGACCUCAUUGGCCCAUCUAUUCAAAAGGGUGACACCGCGGGGCCGGCCCCGCCUCGGUAGGCAUCUUCCCGGCUGGCUCCGUGUCAAAAUCCCAAAUAGCAACACCGGUGGCAAGACCCCCAUCGAUGCCAA